GGACGAGGCGGGAGAGGCGGGGCGGGCGCCUCCGCGGAGUCUCGGCGUGAGCAGGUGGAGCCGCCGCGGGAGCCCGCCCGGCCGAGGGAGGCAGCGGCUGGGCCGGGGCCAUGGAGCUGCUGAAGCUGAACCGGAGCAUGCCAGGACCGGGACCGGGGCCAGGGGCUGCCCUCUGCCGCCCCGGGGUCGCCCUCCUCAACGGCAGUGACACCGGCAACCUCAGCUGCGAGCCGCCUGCCGCCCGAGGAAACGGGACACGAGAACUGGAGCUUGCCAUUAGGGUCACCCUCUACGCAGUGAUCUUUCUGAUGAGUGUUGGAGGGAAUGUGCUCAUCAUUGUGGUCCUCGGACUGAGCCGCCGCUUGAGGACUGUCACCAACACCUUCCUGCUGUCACUGGCUGUCAGCGACCUCCUCCUGGCUGUGGCCUGCAUGCCCUUCACCCUCCUGCCCAACCUCAUGGGCACAUUCAUCUUUGGCACAGUCGUCUGCAAGGCGGUUGCCUACCUCAUGGGGGUGUCAGUAAGUGUGUCCACGCUAAGCCUGGUGGCCAUCGCCUUGGAGAGGUACAGCGCCAUCUGCCGACCACUGCAGGCCCGCGUGUGGCAGACACGCUCCCACGCUGCUCGUGUGAUCAUAGCCACAUGGAUGCUGUCGGGGCUGCUCAUGGUGCCCUACCCUGUAUACACCGUCGUGCAGCCAGUGGGGCCCCGAGUGCUGCAGUGCGUGCAUCGCUGGCCCAGUGCGAGGGUUCGCCAAACCUGGUCGGUACUGCUGCUCCUGCUUCUGUUCUUCAUCCCGGGUGUGGUUAUGGCGGUGGCCUACGGGCUCAUUUCCCGCGAACUCUACUUAGGGCUUCGCUUUGAUGGCGACAGUGACAGCGAGAGCCAGAGCCGAGCCCGAAGCCCAGGAGGGUUGCCAGCUGGGGCGGGACCAGGUGUUGCCCUGCAGAACGGGCGUUGCCGGCUGGAGACCCGGCUGGCGGGCGGCGAGGACGGCGACGGCUGCUACGUGCAGCUCCCGCGCUCCCGGCCGGCUAUGGAGCUGUCCGCGCUGACCGCACCCACUCCCGGGCCGGGAUCCUGCCACCGGCCGACCCAGGCCAAGCUGCUGGCCAAGAAGCGCGUGGUGCGAAUGUUGCUGGUGAUCGUCGUGCUCUUCUUCCUGUGUUGGCUGCCGGUGUACAGCGCCAACACGUGGAAGGCCUUCGACGGCCCCGGAGCGCGCCGAGCACUGUCGGGCGCGCCCAUCUCUUUCAUCCACUUGCUGAGCUAUGUCUCGGCGUGUGUCAACCCCCUGGUCUACUGCUUCAUGCACCGCCGCUUUCGCCAGGCCUGUCUCGACACGUGUGCCCGAUGCUGCCCGCGGCCCCCGCGAGCUCGCCCCCGGCCUCUUCCAGACGAGGACCCUCCCACCCCCUCCAUCGCUUCCCUGUCCAGGCUGAGCUACACCACCGUCAGCACGCUGGGGCCUGGCUGAGGGGUGGGGGGCGAGUGGGGGCUAAGGCAGGACAGGCCGAUUUUUCAAGCACUGACCCAUUCAGACACACAAGAGACACAGACGCCCCCUCCCCCUCCCCCGCAAAAGACUGACACCCAACAGCAUGGACUUACCCCCAAAACACAGGAAAAGGUGGCUUAUUGGCACAAAGUAAACAAAGCGGACCCACACACAGAAAACGAGGCACACUCUCUGUGGCAUAGAAACAGGGCACUGACCUUGGACAGACUAUCCCUCCGCAGCAGGACCUCUAUGACCGGGAAGACCGGCCUCACACACGCAGCAUAAUGGCACUGAUUCAUUUAGGGAUCUGGAGCCCGGCACUGGGCUGACUCCUGAGAUGCUCCAGGCUGCCCCCCGUUUGACCUCGCAGUGCCCUUCCCCAAGCAGCACUGGGUACACCAACCUCAUCUCACAGCUCCCUGGCUAACAGGCUGUUUUGCACUGAGAAGUCCCUUCAUUCCUUUCCAAUUAAAUACUAUGUCCCUGCCCCCACCGACCUCUUCAAUAAAUAAUAAAUGCCUUGGCUUCCUCCUAAA